AUGUGUAUUUUAACUCUAGUUAAAGACAACGUAAAAUCAGAUAUAUUAAAGUUAGUCCUUGAUUUUAUAAAGGUGGUCGUAGCAAAAAAUGAAGGCAAAAUAACUUUCCCUGAAAUACAAUACAAAAAGAAAAUUUCCUUUGAGCAUAAGAAUAAAAUUUAUAAGGAACUUUUUUGUUCCCUCUAUGCGAUAAUUGAUAUGUAUGAUUGUUUUAAUGAACUGUUUAAUGAAGAUGAAGAUAAAGUUAGUGAAAAUGAGGAAUUCAUUUUCCAUUUAGCUAGCGAUAAGUAUAAUCUAAAACAGCAAGAUUUGAAACACUUGAAUGAAUUGUUAUGUGAGAAAUCUUUUAUUGUUUCCAACAAACAUUCAUCAAUAGUGGAUAUAUUCUAUUUUUGUUCUAUUCAUAAAUUGCUAAGUGAAAUGACAGCUAAAGAAAGAGUUGAUUUCUCUCAUAUUUUUAGAUGGUUUUUACAUAUUCAAGAAACCUUAACAGGAAAUUUUACAACAUUAAAAAAAUUAGAUGUUAAGGAUAGCUUAGAAACCAUGUUAAAUAAUAAAACCGCAGUGAACACAAAUGAAAGAAGGAAUAACACAUAUAUGAUACAGCAGAAAGCUGAAAAGGGUGCAAAAAGUGAAAAUGAAAAAAAUAAAAAGAAAAAUGAUAACGUGCAAAGUAAUAGUGCGAAAAAUACCAACGUGCAAAAUAAAAAUGUACAGAAAAAAAAUGCACAAGACACGAAAAGUUUAGAUGAUAUAUCAAGAUUAAACAUUCUUGUAGGAUAUGUUGAAGAGGUAGAAAUUCACCCUGAUGCGGAUACACUUUAUUGCCUAAAAGUAAAUGUUGGAGAAGAUAAACCAAGAGAUAUUUGCAGUGGAUUAAGAAAUAAAAAAAAUGCAGAAGAGUUAAUGAAUAAAUAUGUUUUAGUUUUAGCAAAUUUAAAGGAAAAAUCGUUAAGAGGAAGAAAGAGUUAUGGUAUGGUAUUAUGUGGUUCCUUUGAUGAAAAAGUAGAAUUACUUACUCCUCCAUCAGGAGCAAAAAUUGGAGAAAGGAUUAUUUGUGAAAAUAUGGAUAUGAACAGUUUACCUGAUAAAUCGUUAAGCUCUGAUAAAGAGAAAAACCCAUUUUUUCAUAUACAACCUCACCUAACUUUAAAAAAUGGAAUAGCUUAUUAUAAGGAUGCCAAGUGGAUGUCAUCUCAGGGGGAAAUUAUGUGUGUUCUACAGCAGGGAACGAUUUCUUAA